UAAUUUAAAAUUGCACCCUAAAAUAUUAAUAAAUUUAAUGGAGAGCGCACCCCAAGAUUCUAGGCCAUUACGAGUCCUGGUUCUAGGAGGCUCCAGCUUCAUGGGCCUUUGCUUCAUUAAAAAUGUGCUUGAAAGGUGGCCUAAUUCAGUAGUUCACCAUCUGAACAGAGGGAAUGAUUACUGGAACCAUGAAAUCCAGAACACCCACAAAAAGUACGGGGAUAGAAUCAAUCACUUAAAAUGUAAUAGGAAAAAGAGGACUAAGUUCAUAAAGGUUAUCGAAGGUACAGCUGAAAGCAUAGCUGAAGCAGCUAGCCUCAAUCUGAAGGACGAUAUCAUCUGGGACAUUGUUGCAGACUUCAGUUGCUACAUUCCAUCAGACAUGAGGACCAGCAUGAUAGCCUUCAGACAGAUCAAGCUGGGCACUUAUGUGUAUAUCUCUACUGAUUCUGUCUAUGAGGUGACCCAGGCAAAGUACAAAGAGACUGAAUUGAGUGAUGAUGACAGCUAUGAAACAGUGGACUCCGUCCACUCUUUUGAUAGCUACUCUUCUUCCUCUAGCUCUGACUCUAUCAGCUAUACCAUUGAAAGAAGGGAUGAUGAAGAAUUAAGGAGCAAUCCUGAGUAUUUCACUGAAGAUGGCCUCAUCAAAGAAGGAUAUGGGUUUCACAAUAAAAGGAAUAAUCGAUUCAGAGACUACCUCUCCACAAUGGAUGCCUAUGGGUUUGAGAAAUUAACCGCAGAGAAUAUUCUGGCCCAAAAGUGCAAAGACAAGCACAAAUAUAUCAUCCUGAGGCUUCCCGAUGUUAUUGGGCCCUAUGAUGACUCAGGAAGAUUCUGGGUCCUAGUCAUAAAAAUGAUGGCACUUAUACAACUCAAACAGUCUGAUAGCUCUAAAGGGAAGUUUGAUAUUUUGAAGUUUAAAUUUGACCAAGAGGAGGAAAGCAAGCAUAUGUCUAUCGUCAGCUCUGUUGAUGUAUCCAAUCUGUUGCAAAUAAUCGCCUUAAACUCCUACAACCAAAAUGAGCAAUUCCUGGCUUGUUGUAAUCAAAUUUACAACAUGACUUCUCAAGAAAAUUUGUCACUAAAGUCACUGCAUUCAAUCAUUUUUGACAAUUUAGUGGGCAAAGAGGCAGAACUCUCUUUUGAUUCAUUUUGGGAAAGAGACGAAUCGUCCAAGAAUACCUAUCCCUCAGUGCACUGUGGGCCUAUCUGAAGUCAAAAACUGUUAGAUGCAUUCUCAGACCUGGGCUAUAGCCCUCAAACUUGCGAGAAGUCAGUCAUACAGGCGGCAGAGUUCUUUAGAGAGGCAACUUGCUUGUCUUCAGACCUCAAACUCACCUCUCCGUUCAUGGACGAACUUGAAACUCCUAUCGACAAAUGCAACAAAAUUCAAAGAAAAAUCUUCUGUUAAUAUUUUAACUUUGCUGAUAAAAAGAAUCUAUCC